AUGUCUCAGGCCCGGGCGGCAGCCAGGAACUCUGUGAUACCCCACGCCGUGGCCCAGCCGAAGCACCCCGACCUGGGCUCGGAGAGGGAGAGACUCCCUUUCCCCCUGGCCUGCCUGGAUCUAGCGUCCUCCUCUGCCUCCACCCAGCUACUCAUUGAGAUGUUGACCAGGAGAGACCAGGGAGGAGUGUCAUCUGGUCCUGGUAAUUCUGCUGGUCCUGUAGCUACCUCCUCCUCUACUGCACCUCCCCACAGCACCACGGCCCUGGUCCUGCCUGGCUGCAGGGGAGACAGCCUGCCUGAUUUGGGGCUGAGAGGCCUAGGCCGCCGGUGGCUGGGGCCAAGCCUGGGCCUGGAGUUUGGGCUCUGCCUGCAGUCCCAUGUCUACUGGGGAUUGCAUGGGGUGGAGAGGGUAUGUGGAGUCCCGAUGGAGGAGAGGGUGUCCCAGCUGUUGUCUUAUGCUAUCAGCAAAGUCAAGACAGAGAACAUCUUGGACUGGGCUGAGCAGGAGCUGCGUCCCCGUAUGGGUUGGAGGCCCAGAGACCAGAGGGAGGUGUGUGAUAUUGAGCGGUUUCUGACAGCCACAGCAGAGAGAGAAGCAGAGGCUAAGCUGCAGCUGCAGACCUUCAUAGAGGCUCUGCUGGAACGGGCCGACCGGGCAGAGAGAAAACUGCAGCUCCUGGUGGCUACAGACAGACACGCCCACAAUGAUGACCGACACACCCACAAUGAUGACCGACACACCCACAAUGAUGACAGACACACCCACAAUGAUGACAGACAUACCCACAAUGAUGACAGACACACCCACAAUGAUGACAGACACAUCCACAACGAUGACAGAAACACCCACAAUGAUGACAGACACAACCACAAUGAUAAUAGCCAUACAUACAAUAACGAUAGUCACUCCCACAAUGGGACCAAUGGCCACAGGACCAAUGGACACGCCCACAACGGGAGUGAAGACGACAUCAUCACAGGGUCAAAGUUAAUUGGCUACAGGAGAAGCUACAGUGUAUCUGGGUCGCGUAGACUAGGAGACCAGACCUAUCACACCAACUAUGGAGCCCCCGCUGGUCGUAUGCGAACGCUAUCCCUGGGUUCUGGGGGGUGGGACAGUGACUCGGUGGGGGGGUGGGCCACACCUCUGGAAGCCCGUUACUACCACGUUCCCUGCUCUACUCGAGAGGGAGGAGAGAGGAGGGACAGGGGGUACAGGCGAACCCCAGAGGGGAGGGGAGGGUGGGGGCGGACCAGGUGGAGGGCACCCCCCAGCACAGAGGAAGAGGAGGAAGAGGAUGAUGAAGAGGAGGACACGUGGUCAGAGGCCUGGAGCACACCUGAGACUCAGAGACACGCCCACGUCAGGCUGGAACACUCACCUGGCUCAGGUGUGUCGUCCAUACGAUCCAGCCCGUGUCACCGUGAUUACAUAGCAUUGGGGGCGGGGACUCUGAGACUGAGGGCGGGGUUAUUCUGCGUGUUUCCUUAUUUGGAUGUGCGGACGUUGCUGCUCGCCGCCGAGGUGUGCUCCGAUUGGAGGUUUGUGGCGCGACACCCAGCCGUCUGGACACGGGUACGACUGGAGAACGCCAGAGUCUCCACUAAGUUCCUAGUGACCAUGUCCCAGUGGUGUACUCAGACUCAUUCCCUGGUGCUCCAGAACCUCAGACCACGACUGCGGCAUCGAGAUGAACGCAGAGAGGACUACGACAAGACCACACGGGGCUGUCUGGAGGGAGGUGUGGAGGCGUUGCUGAGGUCAGCGGGAGGCAGUCUAAUGGUUCUCAGAGUGUCUCACUGUCCUCACGUCCUGACUGACCGCUCCCUGUGGCUGGCCAGCUGCUACUGUAGGAACCUACAACACCUCACAUACAGGAGUUCGUCAGACCCCAUGGGUCAUGAGGUGGUGUGGGCUCUAGGAGCAGGCUGCAGAAACAUGACAUCCCUGCAGGUGGCGCCACUACACCCCUGUCAGCAGCCUACCCGCUUCAGUAACCGAUGCCUGCAGACGAUUGGCCGCUGUUGGCCACACCUCCGAGUGCUCAGUGUGGGCGGGGCUGGCUGUAGCAUUCAGGGAUUGUCCUUACUGGUUCGUAGGUGUGUGGGUCUCCAGGUGUUGGAGUUGGAGCGUGUUACUGAGUUGGUCCAGGAGGGGGCAGCAGAGCUGUGUAGAGAAGGACUACAGAAUCUAGAGACUCUACUACUCACCUCUACUCCUGUUACACCUGAAGCACUACUGCACUUUAACAGUGUAUGUUGUAACCUCAGGUCCAUCAUAGUGCAGAUUGGGAUAGCUGACCACUUUGAGGAGCCAGACAGUCCUGAAGCUAAGAGACAGUACAAUGAGAUGGUCAUCAAGUUACAGGCCCUAAAGAAGAGACCAGGUCUGUCUGAAGUGUUGCAGAUCAAAGCUGACGGUUUCGUUUGACCUCUUCCUCUUCUUCGUCUACUCCCUCCUCCCCCUACAUCUCACUGACCUGUCAGUCACACAGCCAAUCAGCGAGUCUGGAAGCAACCUCAACAACCAGUCAGACUUGUGACACAUUUGCCAACCAAUCGGAAGAUACAGCAUCCUGGAGAAAAUAAGCAAUCAGCCAAUAGGAAUCACACAGACAUGAAGAUGACACAUCAGACGUUAGUUGUGAAGCUGCUGGGUUCAGAGAUUCUUCAAACAUAACAGCAACAUACUAUAUUACUGUGAUGUAACAGAGACUUUACCCAUGCAACGCACAGACAGACGGACGGACGGACGGACGGACGGACGGACGGACGGACGGACGGACGGACGGACAGACAGACAGACAAGUGGGUUCCAUUCCUCAGUGAGUUAGGGGGUUAGCAGUCUUAGGGGGAAUAGCAAUCUUAGGGGGUUAGCAGUCUUAGGGGGUUAGCAGUCUUAAGGGGUUAGCAGUUUUAGGGGG